UUCAACUUCAGUCUUACUUAUACCAGUCUGAGCUCAACAAGUCAAUGAGCGCGGGUCCGUAAAAUAUCACGUAUAGUGACUGUAUUUUCAAAAUUACUCUUAAACAAUCUCAAUAUGGUGAUUUGUUGUUAAAGUGAACUACCCCUUUUUGUUAUUUGUGUUUUAACAUACCAAGUGCCGUUCACUGACAUCUACCAAUUUAUUUAUCGGAUACUAAAUUUUUAAUCGAUGAAUUUCUACUCUUGAGGUUUUAUUGACAAAAAACAGUCAUAACAAUGCAACAAUUUUGGAGGAUUAUUGAGUUACUACUCAUCUUAAAAGUAUCAAUUAUUUAUAGUAAUAAUUGUCAAUUAACAGAAUAUAAUAGUAUAUGUCAAUGUUCUCGUACCAUAUCAGGACGAUAUGAUAUGGAUUGUCCUAUUAAUUCGACAAGAAGUGAAAUAGAUAUCAGAAUCGAAUAUUUUUCUGAGCAAAUUGUCACGAUAUAUUGUCAGAAUAAUGACAAUUUAUUAUACUUUGAUCACAAUAUAAGUUCCAUUGUGAAAAAUGUGAAGAUAUUAGCUCUACAUAAUUGUUAUUUCGAGGAAAUUAAAAUAAAAAAUAUCGCUUCAUUAGUGGGAGCCGAAAAUCUCGAGACACUGCAAAUUCUCAACUAUAAAACUAUAAGAACAACUUUUGUUACAUUGCACAAAAAUCAGUUUCAAGAUUUGACAAAUUUGAAAACACUAGAAAUAUCUGAUACUCGUUGUAAUAAUUUAGAUGAAGAUUUAUUGGAAUUUAUACCAAAUAUUACAACAUUAAUUUUGAGAAAUGAUCAAAUUAAAUCAAUUCCAACAAAUUUCUUUCAAUUUACUCCUAAAUUGAAAAAUAUUGAAUUGGGAAUUAAUAAACUUAAAGUGUUCGAAGAUGGGACAUUUAGUAAUUUGAAGGAUUUAUUAUUUCUCAGUCUCUGGCGAAAUGAAUUAACAAAUUUGAGUAGUGAUGUUUUUGCUGAUUUGAAUUCUGUAGAAACAAUUAGUCUUUUUUCAAAUCCAUUAACAACAUUACCUGUCGACAUUUUUCACAAGAAUGUCAAUUUAAAAAUAAUCAAUCUUUCGCGAAAUUCAUUCAAAAAUUUACCGGCAGAGUUAUUUCAAAAAAAUCAUCAUCUCAAGAAAUUGAAGCUAGAGAAUGAACUACACCUUAAAACUUUACCAAAUGGAUUUUUGAGCAAUUUGACAAAUUUACUGGAGGUAAAAUUAGAUUCAUCGAAUUUAAAAAGUCUUCCGGAAAAUCUUUUUGAGGGAUCGAUCAAUUUGGUGAACAUUAGUUUGCAGAAAAAUCAUUUUGUCUCAUUGCCUGCUAAAAUAUUUUAUGGAUUGAACAAAUUGGAACGUCUCGAACUCAAUGAUAAUAAAAUUGAAAAUUUAGAUGAUAAACUUUUUGAUUCUUGUAUCAAUUUGAAAAACUUGAAUAUUAAUAACAAUAAUAUCGUCACAAUAUCAGAGUUCACAUUUUCCAAACUUGCGAAUUUAGAAACCUUAUUUAUGAGACGGAACAAAAUAAUGAGUAUUGAUAGACAAGCAUUCUACUCUUUACAUCAUUUAAAGAAAACGUCUUUUGCUUUUAAUAAUCUAACAACAGUAUCAGUAACAAAAUUGGGCUGCGAAUCUGUAUUUAACAGAUGUAAUGAACUAGAAGUAUUGGAUUUAUCGUACAAUAAAAUACAAUUGUUGUGUGACGACUGGACCAGAUUUCCUGGACAUCAUUUCAACUUUCUCAAUCUCUCUCAUAACGAUAUAAGUUCCUUGACGGUGGAUGAUUUAGAUAUUAAAAAUCAAAAAGAUUUUACCGUAGACUUAUCUUAUAACAAGAUAACGACUGUCGAUCUGAAUGAUCCAUUUAAUGAGAACUUUGAAAAACGUUUCAAUGAGGAAUAUCGAAGCACAGUUGUGUUAUUACUGAAUAAUAAUCCAAUUAAGUGUGACUGUGCUUUGUACGACUUUUUACGAUAUUUGGAUGGUUCAAUGAUGAAUGUGCGAGAUACAUUAAAAAUAAACACUGGACCAAUGAAGUGUUCCGAUUCGAAAAAAUACGAGGAUAUUUUAUUGUCGGAAUUGAAUUCCAAGAGUUUCGAGUGCAUUCCGCCGAUGGAGGAAAUUAACGAUUUUGAAAUGUGUCCUCAAGAAUGUGAUCAGUGGACGAGACCGUCAGACAAAACAUUUAUUUUCAAUUGUUCUUACAGAAAUCUCAAUCAAGCUCCAGAAAGUUUGUGCUCAUUGAAAAGCAAGGGAUAUGUCAAAGAACUUGACCUCACUGGGAAUAAUAUAACAAUUAUUCCAAACCUUCAACAAACUGGUUACAAUAAUUUAUCGAGGCUCACAUUGUCACAUAAUCAAAUUUCAACCAUUUCCACAAAUUUACUUCUUAACGUUACACUUCAGAAAUUGGAACUGGACAAUAAUCAUCUAACGGUAAUCAGACCAGAGGUAAUUGAAGAAAUGAAAUUAUCCGUGAAAAAGAUGAAACUUGGGAAUAAUCCAUGGCAAUGUGAUUGCGGAGCACAAAGUUUGCAAAUUUUCGUGAAUACAAAAAAUAACACUGUCGAAGAUGAAGAGAAUGUUAUUUGCAAGAAUUUCAACAGAAUGCUGACAAGAAUUAAAAUUGACGAGUUAUGUCCAUCGAAUCUUGAAUUAAUUGUCACUGCAAGUGUAUUUGCUGCAAUUUUUGGAUUGACUUUUGGUCUGAUCGCUUCAUUUUACUAUCGUUAUCAGCAGGAGAUCAAAAUCUGGCUUUACGCGAAGAAUCUUUGUCUAUGGUUCGUCACCGAGGAGGUAUUGGACAAAAACAAACCAUACGAUGCAUUCAUCAGUUAUUCCCACAAGGACGAAGAAUUUGUCAUCAAUGAACUUAUGGCGAAUCUGGAGAAAGGACCGAGAUCCUUUAAGCUCUGCGUUCACUUCAGGGAUUGGCUUGCAGGCGAAUGGAUUCCAUUUCAAAUCGCAAGGUCCAUCAGGGACUCGAGGAGGACAAUUGUCGUGGUCUCGCCGAAUUUCAUUCAAAGUGAGUGGGGCAAAUUGGAAUUUCGCACUGCUCAUAAAGAAGCUCUAACCGAGGGAAGGGCGCGAAUUAUCGUUAUCCUGUACGGUGAUAUCGGACCUGUUGAUAAAUUGGAACCAGACCUGCAAUCGUAUUUGACUAUGAACACUUAUGUGCAGUGGGGCGAUCCGUGGUUCUGGAAUAAACUUCGUUAUGCAUUGCCCCACAAAUCGGACGCAGUUUACAACCCAUCGAAAUACAAGAAUUUCAACAAAGCACAUACUAUUGUACCGUUGGAUUUCAAUAAAACGGAGGUAAAACAAUUUCCCGAAAGUGGCCUGGCACCACUGAAUGAAAAUGGAAAAGUCAUCAUUGAUAUGAGUGACGAUGAGUGUAAUAAAUUAAAUACCCGUUUCUAGAUUUUAAUAGAAUUUUUAAUAAAUCGAAAUUUCAAUUUAACCGAAUUCUAAUAAACAAAAAUUUCUAUUUCACUAAAUUUUGUCUUUAAACUUUUGAUUUAAUAAAAUUUAUAUUUCAUCAAAUUUUACAUAAUGUAAAAUUUCGAUACAUUUCAAUUUAAUUAUAAUUUUAGAAGCAUUUUGAAAUUUGAUAGAAAAGUCGAACAUUCGAAAAUUCAAACGAAUAAAAACUCACAAUCCGAGAAAUGAAAAAUAUGUAAAUUCAUUGUAAUAUGUAAUAGAAAUUCGGUUAAAUAUGAAUUUUGGUUUCUUAAAAAUACGGUCAAACAAAUCGUUUACUUCGUUGAAAAUUUGAUUAUAUUAAAAAUAGUUUGUUUUACGAAUUAGUGUAAAUAGAAAAUUUGGCGAAAUAGAAAUUAUUAAUAAUAAGUAAAUAGUAAUUCGAAACUAUAGAAAUUUGUAAUAUUUUGUUUAAAGUAUAUUUUUAUGUCUGAUAGUUUGUUUCGUUUCUCUAUUAUAUUAUAUGGCUGUUUCAGAAAGAAGACUAGAUAGAUUAAUUCAGUAAAAUCACAUUAAUAAAAACCGCAAUAAUUCGACUUGUACCUUAAAUUGUAAAUUAUCUUUUGAAGCUUGAUUUAUUAAGAUUUUACUGUAAUUACAAAAAUGACGUGGUAAUUGUAAAUACGGAUAAAAUUUAAGGACCGCGUUCAAGAAAGUCCAAUGAAUGAUAAAUGUGUGGAAAUAUUAUUUAAAAUUUUUUGUUUUUAAUUUGAAAACUAUUUCAAAUUUAAAAAUGCGAUUCUAAAAUGUGUCGUGCUAAUUAAAUCAGUAAUGUACAUAUGUAAUUGUUAUGAUACUUUUUAUAUUUUUAAAAUACUCGACUUUACUAUGACACAUGUGCCAUAUAUCAAAAUAAGACUGAUAUAAAUGUGUGUAUA